GUGUGAUGGUGUGAGUGAGUGUGCGGGAGUCACAGCUCGGACUCUUCUAAGAGGUCUCAUUAGAUUCAGUUUAGAUGGAUUUCUUGACUGGAGAAUCCACGAGACUCGCUCAUCCAUCAUGUGCGCUCUUACAGUCGGACAUGCUGAAGCCGGGCGAGCCCAGCGGUUCUGCUUUCCUCAAAGUGGACCCGACCUACAUCCAGCACUGGCAGCAGCUCUUCCCGCAGAACCCGCUGAAAACAGCCGCUUUGACGCCGCUGCCGACGCCGGUACCGGUGGAGAACCUCCGCCAGAGAGCCCACCUGAUCUCGUCCACUUCUUCAUCCUCGAGUUCUUCCACCACCCCGUCCUCCGUGUCCUCUAUAGCGGGUCUGAGUCAGCUCGUGGUCCCGCAGAUCUCGCUGUUCGGACAGACUCUGAGUUCCGACAGCAGCAGCAGCAGCAGCUCGUCUCAACCCAAAGAACUUUGUUUGUCGUCAAACUUUAAGAAUGAUAAAGGGUCUCGGUUGAAGCUGAGCUCCGAGGAGCUGGACUACUAUCUGUACGGACAGCAGCGGAUGGAGAUCAUCCCUCUCAACAACCACAACGGAGAAACCAAUAACCGCUGUGACAUGUGUGCGGACAACCGUAACGGCGAGUGCCCCAUGCACGGCCCGCUGCACUCGCUGCGGAGGCUGGUGGGGACCAGCAGUGCUUCAGUGGCUAUGGCUCCUCCAGAGGUCCCGGAGUGGUUGAGGGAUUUGCCCCGUGAGGUGUGUCUGUGCACAAGCACCGUCCCGGGCCUGGGCUACGGCAUCUGUGCAGCCCAGCGCAUCCCGCAGGGCACCUGGAUCGGGCCCUUCCAAGGCGUCCCCCUGCCGCUGGAUAAAGUGCAGUCGGGAUCCGUGCGGAACACACAACACUUAUGGGAGAUUUAUGAUCAGGAGGGCACGUUACAGCACUUUAUUGACGGUAAUGAACCCAGUAAAUCCAGCUGGAUGAGAUACAUCCGAUGUGCCAGACACUGUGGAGAGCAGAACAUGAUGGUGGUGCAGUACAGAUCGUGUAUAUUCUACCGGGCGUGUUCUGAUAUUCCUCGCGGAUCUGAACUGCUGGUUUGGUAUAACGACAGUUACACGUCUUUCUUCGGGAUCCCGCUGCAGUGCGUCGCACAAGAUGAAAACUUGAACGUGCCGUCUACUGUAAUGGAGGCGAUGAGCCGUCAGGAAACCCUUCAGCCCUUCAGUAAGAGUCCCAAAUCCUCCUCGCUGGUUCUGCUGCGUUCGAUGGUGUUCCCUCAGUCGUCCUGCUCACGGAGCUUCUCCCUCCUGGACAAGAGCAUCCACAACGAGUCCGGCUUAAACCAGAUGAGCUCCAAAAACCAGCGCGUGCUGGCGAGCCCCACGUCCACCAGUCAGCUGAGUUCAGAGUUCAGCGACUGGCAUCUGUGGAAAUGCGGCCAGUGCUUCAAAACCUUCACGCAACGCAUUCUACUGCAGAUGCACGUGUGCACACAGAACCCUGACAGACCGUAUCAGUGUGGACACUGUUCUCAGUCGUUCUCUCAGCCGUCGGAGCUGCGGAAUCACGUGGUGACCCACUCCAGCGACCGGCCCUUUAAGUGCGGCUACUGCGGCCGAGCGUUCGCCGGCGCCACGACCCUAAACAACCACAUCCGCACGCACACGGGGGAGAAGCCUUUCAAGUAAGUAACAGUGUGAGAGAUGCGACCGCAGCUUCACGCAGGCGACGCAGCUGAGCAGACACCAGCGGAUGCCCAACGAGUGCAAAGCCAUCAACGAGAGCAGCGAAUCAAUCGAGGUGGAUUAACGGAUUGAGCGGCGAGGGAGAAUCAUGAUUAAACGUCACGGACACUUAAGCAAAACCAAAGAUUUCCUGAGAGAAACUCCCAAUCAAACGCAGAAAACCAAAAGCAGUAAUAAAAUAAGUGAGAUGUGAAGAGAUAUCGACGCUGGCACAGAUAAAGGACGGGCGGGUGAUUAUUUAUUAAUGAGUUUGUGGAUUGAGACGGGAAGGAUCUGCCCAGCAUAGUUAAUAUUUAUAUAAGUCUGGUUUACUGAUUUAUCUAAGUGUAUCGCAAGCCCUUCUAUGGCAAGCCAUUUUAACUUUUAUUCAGUCGCAGGAUGCAAAUUGCUGAUAUAAACAAUUUAAUUUUAAAUCUUGAGAUCAGAAAUGCAAUUUCUUCUAGUGAAAAUGGCAAUUACAUUUGUGCUAGUAAAAUUAUAAUUUAUCAAUAAUUGCAGAAAAUGCUAAUUUUAUAG